AUGGAAAAUUCUCACACGAAGGAAACGAAAAUGCGGAAAUGCCAAUCCGAAGAUACGAUUCGAAUACCAAAGAUUCUCGACCCAGAAGUCGAACCACUAUUUUCCUUGCCGUCCGAUUUGAUGAGUCCUAAAAGAUGUAAGAGAAAAAGAGAAGAAUUAAUCAGAAUAAAAGGAAAGAUGCAAAAAUUCCAUGAAGGUUCUUACACCGCGAAACGUCUUCGUGAAGAGAAAUUUCGCAGAUUUAUGAUAGGUUUGAUAGUGAAACCAGAGUUGCCAGCAAAGGACAUAGAUUUGAGCGACGAUAGGGAUGUCAAUAGAUAUUAUUAUUACAUUUGCAACGGAGUUGAUACGAUUCAUACGGCGAGCAUCGAACAGAUCUUCGUCGAAGCUAUACUCGACCUGGUUCCCAGUAACUUGCGCAAUCAAUUCCCCGAUUUUGCCAAUAAUUUAAUGAUCGAAAUCAAAGAAGAUUUUAUAAAGAACAUGAAAAGAGCCAUCGUCGAAUUUGCACUCACUGACCCUUUUGAAGAGCUUGAUGAAAUUGGGGAGGAUCAGCAAUGUGUUCAGCCGGAUUUUCGGAGACACAUAGAACACUGUCGUGAAAUUUUACGUCUGGAUUUGUAUUUAAUAAAUCCAUGCAUGCGAAUGACUCUGGAUUGUUGGGUUCGCGAUUACAGCAAAUUCCGACUGAUCGAUUUAGAAUAUAUCGCUGCGCAUAAAGAAAGCUGGGAUUUAAUGAAUUUUCACACCUUAAUUGCACAUCAGAUUGUUGCCAAUAGACGGAUUCUGCGGAAAGACUGGUACAGCGGAAUUCAAGAGAUAUUUCUCGUGAACAAUAGGAAGAAACUAGUACCUAGCCCGUUACGUCGCAAGCAAUUUAAACGGUUCUUCGAUUGCACCGGCAAGUUGAUGGAGUCGCAUCUUUUAAAAGCUUGCAAGCACUCUCUGCGGGAUUUCAUUAAUUAUGUUGUAGACGGCAAGCCUGUAGCUUGCUGCUUUAAAGUAAGCAUUGCUAUCGUUUCCAAUGAGCUCGUUUUCGAGCCAUCCUUCGAUAAAUUUAAGGAAUUGCUUUGCGACAUUCUCAAAGCGAUAUGCAAUGCCGUGAGGAAUUUUGAAAGAUUGGAGACGCAACUCUACCUCGACUGGGCGGGACCUCGAGAAUUCCUCAAGCCGCAGAUAUCGCAGUACAUCGUUAAGCAGCUUGAGAGACAAAUAAAUCAGCUGAUCGAUCACGAAAAAAUAAUGCCUGAACAGAAGAUGGCAGAAUUGAAAAAAUACGCAUAUCUUUACAAUAAUGAAGAAUUUGAUCGGACGCAAGCUUUCUUACGAGAUGAAACUAAGAAACUAAAAGAAUAUGAGAUGAAAAUUAAGAAUUAUCACGAUCUUGCCGGAAGAAUCCCUAUCGAAGUUGAAAGAACAGUCUUCGCAGGAUUCUUUGAAGUUUCUCGUGCUCCUUUCGUUAGGACUGUUGUGGAGAACGUUGAACAUUAUAAAGGACUUUUAAUUAGUCAUCUUGUCGAUAAAUAUCAAAAUACAACGAAGAAUAUCAUAGCGGAAUAUGAAGCUAUCUCCGAACGAGCUCUGACUCCACCUCCCAAUACCGCGGCUUUGAUGGAACUCAUCAAGUUCAUACGAAUUACCAAUGACGUCACUAUAAAAAAACUGGAGCUGAAACUACUGAACGUGAUCGAGCAUAUCAUGUUUCUGUCGGAUUACUGGCUACUCACGGAAAAUGAAAUAAGAAACAAUAGUACAGCCUUCCAGUGGUAUCAUAAGAUACCUCAGAUUUUCGAGGAUAAUCGAAUAAUGGUCGAGAAUAAGACCCAAGAGUAUCAAGAUGCAUUGAAAGUGAGAUAUCAAAAGUUCGAAGAGGAGUUGGAUUCAUACACGAAACAAGUGGAAGAGGUCCAAUAUUGGGGCGACAUCGAUGAGGUACAUCGGUAUCAGCGUAAGACGCAACAUCUGGAAAAUCGACUGAUCAUGGCGAUGGAUAAGAUCGACAAAUUCAACGAGGAAGAGACUUCCUUUGGCUGGGAGAUCACGCAGUAUCCUCUGCGAAAACGAAUCGCCGACCGUCUGCAACCAUUUAAGAAGCUUUUCGAUACAAUCUGUGAGUUUCUGAACAAAUACGAUAAGUGGAUAAACAGCACAAUUGGCAUCUACAAUCCUGAAGAUAUCGAUAACGACGUGGGACAGUAUUACAGGACAAUUUACAAAUUAGAGAAGGCAUUCCAAGAACCGGACGUGCGGGAUUUGGCGGCCACGGUUCGCGAGAGGAUCGAGAAUUUCAAGGAUCGAAUGCCGGUGGUGAUGACUCUUGGCAAUCCGGGAAUGAAGUCACGGCAUUGGGAACAAAUCUCGGCGAUCGUGGGCAUUCCCAUCAAAUUCGAUCCUGAUCUAACCCUUGGCAAGGUUUUAGCAAUGGGACUGGAUGGUUAUAUCGCGCAAUUUGACAGCAUCUCUGAAGCUGCCACGAAAGAAAAUACUCUGGAAAUGGGUAUGGACAAAAUGCAUCGGGACUGGAUCGAUAUGGCUUUUACGGUAAAUCCUUACAAGGACACCGGCACCUAUGUUAUCGCCGGCGUCGACGAGAUACAACUCCUACUCGAUGAUCAUAUCACGAAGGCCGUCACCAUCAAGAACUCGCCAUACAUCAAGCCUUUCGAGAUCAGAAUAAUUAAAUGGGAGAAGACAUUGCAUCUGUUAGAAGACAUUCUGAAUCAAUGGUUGAAAGUACAGGGUACGUGGAUGUAUCUGGAACCAAUCUUCACUUCGCCGGACAUUCAACAACAGAUGCCAGAAGAAGGAAGAAAAUUCGCACAGGUCGACAAGAUAUGGCGGGACAUCAUGAAGAACGUCUACAACGAUUCUCAUGCUCUCGUCGUCGUUGAAAUCGACAAAAUGCUGGAGCGAUUGAAGAAAUGUUUCGGAUUAUUGGAGCUUAUUCAAAGAGGACUGAAUGAAUACUUAGAGAAAAAGAGACUAUUUUUCCCUAGAUUUUUCUUCCUUUCCAACGACGAGCUGCUGGAAAUUCUUUCCGAGACAAAGGAUCCUACGCGAGUGCAGCCACAUCUGAAAAAGUGUUUCGAGGGUAUAGCCCGAUUAAGGUUCAAUGAGGACCUCGAGAUAUUGGCGAUGCGAUCCACGGAAGGCGAGGAGGUCAAGAUUUUGAUAAUAAUAUCUACCUCCGCUGCCAGAGGACAGGUCGAGAAAUGGCUGAUCGAGCUAGAGACAGAGAUGCGGAAAAGUGUCUGUCAUAUGGUGCACCAAGCAAUUUUGGCAUAUCAUACCAAGAAGAGGACGGCAUGGGUCCUCGAAUGGCCCGGUCAAACUGUCCUUUGUGUGGGUCAGACAUAUUGGACGCAACAAGUCGAGGAGGCUAUGCUAGAAGGAGUGGACGGCUUGAAAAGGUACUUGGACCAGUGCCAGAAGGAACUGAACAAUAUCAUUCUGCUGAUCAGAGGCACUCUCUCCAAGCAGAAUCGCAUUACAUUAGAGGCUUUGGUUACUCUGGAUGUUCACAGCAAAGACGUUCUCGCGGAAUUAUACAAGGAGCAAGUAGUCAAAAAUACCGAUUUCAGGUGGUUGUGUCAGCUUAGAUACUACUGGAUGGAAGAUAACAUGUGGGCGUACAUGAUCAAUUCGUACAUACGUUAUGGUUGCGAGUAUCUCGGUAACACGUCUCGUUUGGUGAUCACUCCCUUGACGGAUCGAUGCUAUCGCACUCUCUUCGGCGCCCUGAGUCUUCAUUUGGGCGGUGCGCCUGAGGGACCGGCUGGUACUGGUAAAACAGAAACCACGAAGGAUCUAGCGAAAGCGGUAGCGAAGCAAUGCGUGGUCUUUAAUUGCUCCGAAGGCCUCGAUUACAUCGCACUGGGCAAGUUCUUUAAGGGUCUCGCCUCGUGUGGUGCCUGGUCUUGCUUCGACGAGUUCAAUCGCAUCGACCUGGAGGUCCUGUCUGUCGUAGCGCAGCAGAUCCUGACGAUCCAAUGCGCCAUCAACGCCGGCGCCGAGAAGAUGAUCUUCGAGGGUACCGAGAUCUAUCUCGACCCCACCUGCGCCAUCUUCAUCACCAUGAAUCCCGGCUAUGCUGGCAGAACUGAGCUACCUGACAAUCUCAAGGCUCUCUUUCGGCCCGUUGCAAUGAUGGUGCCUGAUUAUGCCCUUAUCGCGGAAAAUACUCUAUAUUCUUAUGGUUUCUAUAACGGCCGGCCCUUGGCCGUGAAGAUCGUUACCGCUUAUAAACUUUGUUCGGAGCAGCUCAGCAGUCAGCAUCACUAUGAUUACGGUAUGAGGGCCGUUAAGUCCGUGCUGAUCGCCGCUGGCAAUCUGAAACUUCGCUAUCCUGCAGAGUCCGAGGAUAUCUUAAUGCUACGAAGUAUUCUGGAUGUUAAUUUACCGAAGUUUUUGAUCCACGAUUUGCCGCUAUUCGAAGGAAUAGCCUCGGAUCUAUUUCCGGGUGUCGUACUACCAACGCCAGAUUACACGCACAUAAACACAUGCACGCGUGACGCUUGUGUCGCGGCAAAUCUGCAAUGCACGAAUUACUUCCUCGAGAAGAUCCAUCAGAUUUAUGAGAUGAUGAUCGUGCGCCAUGGCUUCAUGAUCGUCGGAUUGCCCUUCGCAGGCAAGACCUCGGCCUAUCGGAUGCUAGCUGACUGUCUCGGUCUUCUGGAGGACAGAGGAUUGAUGGACGAACAUCGCGUGGAGAUUACCGUUAUCAAUCCCAAGGCCAUUACGAUGGGACAGUUGUAUGGACAGUUCGAUCCCGCCUCGCACGAAUGGAGUGACGGUGUCCUGGCAGUGUCCUACCGCGCCUUUGCCACUUCUGUUAAUCUUAACAGAAAAUGGCUAGUGUUCGAUGGACCGGUAGAUGCUCUCUGGAUCGAGAACAUGAAUACCGUGCUGGACGACAAUAAGAAACUCUGCUUGACUUCCGGAGAAAUCAUCCUGCUCGCUCCCACGACAAACCUGAUUUUCGAGCCUAUGGAUCUGGAGGUUGCAUCGCCUGCCACGGUUUCUCGAUGCGGCAUGAUUUAUAUGGAACCAGUAAGUCUGGGCUGGACGCCACUUUUGAUCUCGUGGCUCAACACAUUACCGCCAUCAUUCACCGAGCACAUUCAAAGUCAUUUGAAGGAUAUGUAUCUACGAUUUUGCCCGCCUCUGUUACAUCUGAUUCGUCGUUGCGGUGCAAGAGAAAUGAUAACGAUGCCGGAUGCUAAUUUAACACGUUCCGUUAUGUACAUGUAUGAUUGUUUUCUCGACGAUUUUUACAAUGAGAAAUACAUGAACAUGCUUUCGGACUUGGACAUGAGAGCGCAAGUAGAGGGCGUCCUCUUCUUUUCGUGCAUCUGGGCAAUGGGAGUGACGUUAAUGGUUGAAUAUCGCGACUGGUUCAGCAUGCUCUUCAGGGCGUUAGUGGACCACGAAUUCCCGGAGGAAGUGCGGCAACGCUUCGGCAUCUCGCCGGAAAUUGGCAAUCCAAAGGAACCCUAUGUAGUGCCUUUACCAACCACCGGCUCGGUCUUUGAUUACAAAUACAUCAAGGAAGGUAGGGGUAGAUGGAAUCCUUGGUUGGAGGACUUGCAGGAUGUUCCACCGAUUCCUAGAGACAUGCCAGUUAAUCAAAUUAUCAUUUCAACGGUGGAGACCGUCCGUUACUUUCAUCUCUUCCAUUAUCUCGUUCGUCAUCAUAAGCCGGUCCUUUUGGUCGGACCAACUGGCACUGGAAAAUCCGUCUAUAUCAUGGAAUUCCUAUUAAAGAGAAACAAUCCUGAAAUCUUUAAGCCGCUUUUCGUGAUAUUUUCGGCACAGACGACAGCCAAUCAAACGCAGGAUAUCAUUAUGAGCAAGCUGGACCGAAGGAGGAAAGGUUUGUACGGUGCUCCUCCCGGGCAGCAUUGGGUGGUUUUCGUAGACGACGUAUCGAUGCCGCAAAGGGAAGAAUAUGGGGCUCAGCCGCCUAUCGAGCUCCUACGUCAAUGGCUGGAUCACUGGACCUGGUACGAUCGGAAGGAAGUAGUGCCCAUCAAACUCGUAGAUGUUCAGCUGAUGUGUGCGAUGGGACCGCCUGCGAGCGGACGUGACGUCACGCCAAGAUUUAAGCGACAUUUUGUCACUUUGGCGAUUCCCGAGUUCGAUGACGAUGUCUUGAUUACCAUUUUCGGCAGGAUCACUUCAUGGCAUUUCACUACACGUGGUUUCCCGGAAUUCUUUGAAUUAUCUGUGAAUCACAUAGUUGAUGGCACUCUUGACAUAUACAAGGAGAUCAGACAGACCCUUCUGCCGACUCCUGCCAAGUCGCAUUAUCUAUUUAAUCUACGUGAUUUUUCGCGUGUUAUUCAAGGUGUACUGCUCUCUGACCCCGAUGUCAUCACCGAUGUGAUUUCUCUGAAGCGUUUGUGGGUACACGAGGUGUUACGAGUCUAUGGAGAUCGUUUGGUCGAUGAGGCCGACAGUAAAUGGCUGGUGGAACAAAUUCGGAAGACUAUGAAGGAAUACAUGGAUGAAGAUAUGGAUCGAUUAUUCGAAGAUUUAGUAGAUGAGCGUCGCGCACAGGUGACGGAAGUGCAUCUGCGUAAUCUCGUUUACUGUGACUUUCACGAUCCGAUUGCCGAACGGAAAUUGUAUAUAGAAAUCCAAGAUUGGGAUACUCUCGCCGAAGCAGUGGAAGAAUAUCUCGCCGAGUAUAAUGAUAUCUCGAAAACUCCCAUGGACUUGGUGCUCUUCAGGUUCGCGAUAGAACAUCUCUCAAAAAUCUGUCGAGUGAUGAUGCAGUCGCGUAAUCACGCACUUUUGAUCGGUAUGGGCGGCUCCGGUCGACAGUCUCUGACGAAGCUGGCAGCUCAUAUCUCCGACUACGAGUUCUUCCAAGUACAGAUAUCUCAGCAAUACGGCAUGUUGGAGUGGCACGAGGACCUGAAGAAUAUCUUGCGCAAAAGUGCCGCGAGCGAUUUGCACACAGUCUUCCUCUUUAUGGACACGCAGAUCAAAGAGGAGGCUUUUCUAGAAGAUAUCAGCAAUCUCCUUAAUUCCGGGGAGGUGCCUAAUCUCUUUACGGCCGAUGAAAAGUCCGAAAUUUGCGAGAAAAUGCGCAUCAUCGAUCGGCAAAGAGAUAGAUCCCUACAAACAGACGGCAGUCCGGUAGCGCUCUUCAACUUCUUCGUGCAGACGGUGCGCGAAAACUUGCACGUGGUAGUGACGAUGUCGCCGAUCGGCGAUAAUUUUCGUACGCGGAUCCGCAAGUUUCCCGCGCUGGUGAACUGUUGCACCAUCGAUUGGCUGCAACCAUGGCCGAAGGACGCUUUAUUGGCGGUUGCGACACAGUUCCUCAGCGAAAUUGACAUGCCAGAAGACGAGCGUCACGCUUGCAUUGAGAUGUGCCAAUAUUUCCACAUGUCUACGCAAGACUUGACUAGGGACUACUUGAGAUUACUAAAUCGUCAUAAUUACGUCACGCCGACGUCCUAUCUCGAACUCAUCAACACGUUCAAAGAUCUUUUAGGCCGGAAGAGGAAAGAAGUAUUGGAGGGCAAGAGGCGAUACGAGGCCGGUCUUGGAAGGCUGGAUAACACGCGCAAAGAGGUCAGCAAAAUGCAGCAGAUCCUGGUAGCUCUGCAACCGAAGCUGCUAGUGGCUGCCAAGGACGUGGAAGGUAUGUUUCUCGAUGUGCAGCAACAAAACGAGGAGGCUAGCGCGAUGGAGCAAGUUGUUCAAAAGGAUGAGGAAGCUGCUAUGAUCGUUGCCGCGGAAGCCAAACAGAUUCGUGCCGAAUGCGACGCAGAUUUGCAGGAGGUGAUGCCAAUUCUAGAUGCGGCAAAUGCAGCUUUAAAUACUCUGACUCCACAAGACAUCCAGAUCGUUAAAUCCAUGAAGAGGCCACCGGCCGGUGUGCGAUUAGUCAUGGAAGCAGUUUGUAUAUUGAAGGAUGUGAAGCCAGAGAGAGUACAAGGUCCAGAAGGUCCAAUCGAUGAUUACUGGAAACCGUCACUUCGUAUUCUGGGUGAUAUACGGUUCCUAGAGUCCCUAUUAAAUUAUGAUAAGGACAAUAUCCCUGAGCGGAUUAUGACGAAGAUUCGUACGACAAUUUUGACGAAUCCCAACUUCGAUCCGGAACGAAUCAGACAGGUAUCGACCGCUUGCGAAGGUCUUUGUCGUUGGGUAUUUGCUCUUUCGGAGUAUGACGUAGUCGCCAAGGUAGUAGCGCCGAAGAGACAGGCUUUAGCUAAAGCUGAGGCCGACUAUUCCGCGGCAAUGGACCAGCUGAAGCUGAAGAGGAAUCAGCUGCAGGAAGUACGAGAUCGAUUGGCUAGAUUGGAGACUCUGCUGGCUCAACGAAAAGCAGAAUAUCAAGCAAUGACCGAUGAGGUGAAAGAGUGCGAAGAAAAGCUGAGAAGAGCCGAAGAGCUCAUCGGAGGCCUCGGUGGCGAAUACACCAGAUGGUCCGAGACUGCCAAAUUACUUGGAGAACGCUAUCACAAACUAACGGGCGAUAUUCUGAUCGGUUCCGGAGUAGUAGCCUAUCUUGGCGUCUUCACGAUGCAAUAUCGGCAGCGGCAGGUGGAGAAUUGGGUGAAGUUCUGCACCGAUCUGAAGGUUGUCUGCACACAAGACUUUCAACUCACGCAGGUGUUGGGCGAUCCAGUGCUAAUUCGCGCCUGGAAUAUAUUUGGUCUACCGAACGAUCUAUUUUCUAUCGAUAACGCCAUAAUCAUCACGAAUUCGCGUCGCUGGCCGCUGAUGAUCGAUCCGCAGGGUCAGGCAAACAAGUGGGUGAAGAAUAUGGAGAAGGCAUCAAAUUUGCAUGUCGUAAAACUUACACAGCCAGAUUACAUGAGAAUCCUGGAGAAUGCUGUACAAUUCGGACAUCCUGUGUUAUUGGAGAACAUAGACGAAGAAUUGGAUCCGGUUCUGGAACCAUUGCUUAUGAAGCAGACCUUUAAGUCCGGCGGCGCGAUAUGCAUCAAGAUCGGCGACAGCAUCAUUGAAUAUUCCGAUAAAUUUCGGUUUUACAUUACCACAAAAUUACGGAAUCCGCAUUAUUUACCGGAAAUAGUAGUGAAGGUAACUCUGCUGAACUUUAUGAUCACUCCAGUCGGCUUGGACGAUCAGCUUUUAGGCAUAGUUGUUGCGAAAGAAAGACCCGAAUUGGAAUCCGAGAAGAAUCAGCUGAUAGUUCAAGGAGCGGCUAAUAAAAAAAUGUUAAAGGAGAUAGAGAAUAAGAUUUUGGAAGUACUAUCCGCAGCCAAGGAGAAUAUCCUCGAGGAUGAAACGGCAAUUGGUGUGUUGAGUUCGUCGAAGAAUUUAGCCGAUGAGAUUCAAGCUAAACAAACUGCUGCCGAGAUAACCGAGCAGUCCAUUGAUGCAGCGAGAUUACAAUACACGCCGAUUGCAGUCUAUAGCACUGUUCUCUUCUUCACAAUUGUUGUGUUGGCGAAUAUCGACCCGAUGUAUCAGUACUCCCUCGCUUGGUUUGUCAAUCUCUUCAAGAACACGAUCGAGAACACACCACCAGUGGAGAACAUAAAACAACGUCUGAAGGACCUUACCAAAUGCUUUACCUAUUCCUUGUAUGUCAACAUAUGCCGCUCGCUGUUCGAGAAAGACAAGCUGCUUUUCUCGCUCUUGCUAUCCGUGAAUUUGCUGAACAAGCAGGGCCAACUCUCGAUGGCUCAAUGGAUGUUCCUGCUGACUGGCGGCAUCGGCCUCGAGAAUCCCUUUGCUAAUCCUACCGAAUGGUUACCUGCAAGGUCCUGGGAUGAAUUAUGUCGAUUGGAUGAUGUGCCAGGAUUCGCGGGAAUAAAAGAUUCAUAUACAAGAUAUAUCAACGAGUGGAAAAAGGUGUUUGAUCACAAGGAGCCUCAUAUGUUAUCUUUUCCUGCUCCUUGGAAUAAACUGACUAAUUUUGAAAAAAUGUUGGUGCUUCGUUGCAUUCGACCUGACAAAGUUGUACCGGCGGCGCAAUUAUUUGUUGAAGAGCAAUUAGGACAUGAGUACAUCGUGCCGCCGUCUUUCGACCUGGCGGCCUCCUUCGCUGAUUCGCACUCUUGCAUCCCGUUAAUAUUCGUCCUGACACCCGGCGCGGAUCCCAUGGCGAUUCUGUUAAAGUUCGCUGACGAUCAGGGAUUCGGUGCCAGCAGACUGUUCUCAUUGUCGCUAGGUCAAGGACAGGAGAUCAUCGCCGAGGGUCUCAUUGAUGAAGGCGUGAAAAACGGCACUUGGGUAGUGCUGCAAAACUGCCACGUUACUAAGACCUUUAUGCCCAUCUUGGAAAAAAUAUGUGAAAGCUUCACGAAGGAAACUGUGCAUCCUGACUUCCGGCUGUGGUUGACGAGUUACCCAGUUGGACAUUUUCCGAUUAGUGUCCUUCAGAACGGCGUGAAAAUGACGAACGAGCCUCCCAAAGGAUUACGCGCGAAUAUUUUGCGAUCUUUUCAUCAGGACCCGAUUUGCGAUCCCGAGUUUUUCGAUAAGUCAAAGCAACGGGAGAUCUUCAAACGAUUGCUUUUCUCGCUUUGCUUCUUUCACGCCAUCGUGCAGGAACGACGAAAAUUCGGACCGAUCGGUUGGAACAAUCAGUACGAAUUUAACGAGACAGAUUUGCGUAUUAGCGUUUUGCAGCUCAAGAUCCUUCUCAACCAAUACGAUGAUGUUCAAUUCACCGCGUUGAAGUACUUAACAGGUGAAUGCAAUUAUGGUGGCCGUGUGACCGACGAAUGGGACCGACGGACCUUGAACACGAUCCUAUCGCGAUUCUACUGUGAGGACGUGAUCGUGGUCGACCGGAAAUAUCUGUUCGAUCCCAGCGGCCUUUAUUACGUACCGACAGUCAGCGAGUAUAGUCAAUUCCUGGACUACGUGAGGGAAUUGCCAAUGACUACCACGCCCAGUGUCUUUGGCAUGCACGAGAAUGCCGACAUCAUCAAGGAUCAACAGGAGACCUACUUGAUGAUGACAUCCAUUCUGACCACUCAGGACACCGGUCAGGCGAAAACAGAUGCUGAGAAAUCGCCGGACGAGAUCGUUUACGAUGUCGCGUCCGACAUUCUGUCGAAGUUGCCGCAGGAUUUCGAUCUGGUGGCUGCUCUCGACAGGUAUCCCACGUUAUAUGGACAAAGUAUGAAUACUGUGUUAGUUCAAGAAAUGGGUAGAUUCAAUAUACUCCUACAGACUAUUAGGACCAGUCUUGUAAACAUCCAGAAAGCGAUCAAAGGCCUUAUAAUUAUGAAUCCUGAUCUUGAAGAAGUUUACUCAUCGAUUAUUAUCGGCAGAAUACCCAAGAUGUGGAUGACAAACUCUUAUCCUUCUUUGAAACCGCUUGGCAGCUACGUGUAUGAUUUUCUGAGAAGACUGAACUUUCUACAGACUUGGUAUGUGGAAGGUUCUCCAGUAUCCUUCUGGAUUUCUGGUUUUUACUUCACGCAAGCAUUCCUGACUGGCGCCCGUCAAAAUUAUGCAAGAAAAUAUUCCAUACCCAUUGAUUUAUUGAUUUAUGAUUUUUUUCCUUUGAAGAAGACCGUUUUUGAAAAACCACCAGACGAUGGAGUGUAUAUUUACGGAUUAUUUCUCGAUGGAGCUCGUUUUAAUAUGGCAACGAUGAAGCUCGAUGAAUCUUUUCCCAAAAUACUUUACGAUACUGUGCCAUAUAUCUGGUUAAUGCCAGUAACGAAAGACCAGGUACAGGAUGAGGAUACAUACACGUGUCCCGUUUAUAAGACCAGCGAGCGGAAAGGUGUCCUAUCAACUACCGGUCAUUCUACUAAUUUCGUCAUUGCAAUCUGGUUGCCAACAUCGCAUCCGCCGGAACAUUGGAUUCUGCGAGGUACCGCUAUGCUGUGCCAAUUGUCGGAAUAAUUUUAGGGUUGAUCCUGCUCAUUAUUUGUAAGUCGAGAAAGUUAUCGAAAGAUUGGGAAAUUUAAUGAA